CCCCCCCAUUCCCUCAGGGGACUGGGUUCCCCCAAGCCCUGCCCAGGCUGAGCGCCCCGGGCCAGCAGGCUCCCCGCCCGCCUCGCUCCUUGAGGCUGGCCCUGAGGCUUGAGGACGCUCUUGGGAAAUGCCCCCCCUGCGGCAUAGCAGCUCCCGUGUGUAACCCCAGUGGGCUCGGGCAUAGGGUGCCAGCAGACAGUGGGCUGUUCGCCGUGCCAGCUGGCUCUCAGGCUCCAACUUCCUCACUGGAGACCAUCAAUUCUGCCCUCUGCUGCGGACCUACCUCCCCUUGGUGUUAGUGGGGUAGCCUGGUCAGUGAUGCCCCAGGUGGCCUCGCUCGUAAACUCCGAUCAUAUACAGAUAGUCCCCGAACGAGUUAUGUACCAAACACUUGGUCAUAACUCGAUCUGUUCGUAAGUCGGACCCCAUUCAUUUAAAUGGGACUGCACAGUUCGUAAGUGCGGAUCGCCGUUUGUAAGUCGGGGACUGGCUGUAUGGGAGGCUGGUCGUAAGUGUGGAUGGUCGUACGUCAAUGCAUUCAUAAGUUGAGGACCUCCUGUAUUCCAUAAAAUGGGUGGCCCGGGGGUUGGAGUGUACCUAACAGUUCUGUUGAGGAACCACCUCUCUGAUGUUCAGGUUUCUUGCCUGUAUCUGUGAUAAGCUCUGCAGUGCUGAGAGAAGUGAGGAUUUGUAUGUGUGUACUGGUUCCAGGAUGAUUCUGAUCACAUGCAGGGCUGGCCAGAAGUGCUAAGAUGAGCGCAGUGGCCCAGGCAAUGUCCAGGUUUUGCACCCCUGAGCCAGUCUUUGGAGCUGUUCCUCCCGAGAUCAUUGAAGAUACUCUAAUCUAUUUAGCUACAGAAAAUGAACAAUAUCUGAACAAGCUGUCGGAUCAGGCAGGAUGCUUCAAAGAGACCAAGAUAGUGGAAUUUGUAUUUCUCUUGUGUGAAAAGUGGUUCCUGGACCAAUCUGCACGAUAUCAAGCAGUUGAAAUAUUUGAAAGGUUUAUGAUUAAGCACGUAGAAGAGAUUUAUAACUCUACCCGAGAGUCAAGGGUAACCAAUGAACAAGGAGAGGGCAAUACCUGGAGCACUUUGAAAGCACAGAUAUGUGAUACAAUUGUGCUGCGGCUUGUGUCUUGCAUUCAGCUUGCAAGCAAACUUUCUUUUCACUACAAUAUAAUUAACAAUAACACAGUUCUGAAAUUUCUGCAGUCCAUAGACUAUUCAUACACCAAACAGGACUUAGUGGAGUCAGAACUUGCCAUUCUGAAGGCUCUGUGCUUUCAGAUCAAUGUGCCAACUCCAUUGGCCUAUGUUGAGUUGCUUCUUGAGGUGUUAGGAUAUAAUGGCUGCUUACUUCCUAUGAAACAGUUGCAUAAGAUAUGCGUGCACCUACUGGAUUUAACUUAUCUCAUGCGGAAUAUCAUCUAUGAUACUUUACUGAAGACUUCUAUUGAGAAUUCAACACCAAGUGAACUCCAGAUAGCAAAAUUUUUGUCCGUAAAGGAAGAUUUCAUGCUUUUGGCAGUUGGAGUAAUCAGCACAAGCGCUUUCAUACUACAUCCUGAAUAUUGGAAUCAGGUUGUGGAACAUUUAAACUGCAUCACUGGCAUUACCACAGAAAGCAUUUUAGAGUUUUCAUAUGCAAUACUGAAACAUAGUAUUGGCACUACUGCUUCAAGGAAGAACAAAGGAACUAGAGCUUCAGAGAACUAUAUUGACCCUCCUACAAAAUAAACUUGUAUUUUCCAUUGCAACCUUUCCCAGGUAUCAGGAUCUUCAAAGCCAGCCUGAUGCUGUUUGAUCCAUGAACCUUUUGUAACAGAUGCAGCUGGUUUUGAUUUAUAAUAUGUAGGAUGAACUUUGUACAAUUGCUGUGUAGCAGCUGUAUAGGAUAUUUAAAUUGCUAAAAUAUGCCUUUACAAACCAUCCCCUAUACUCAGUCUGAAGUAGUGACAUGGGGAGCAUGGUAUUUUGCUUUCAGAAAAUUAGUUAUAGAAAUGACAAAUCGGCAAACUGUUCUACAGUGUACAAGUGCUAUAAUCCAGCCCAAGCUUUGAUCUUGCACAGUUGCUGUUGUGCAGAAGCAGUGACUUUCUUGAUUAGUUUACAAUAUCAACAUUGUUCCUUCCUAUAUUCCUUUUUUUCUGUCCCCAGAUCUAAUUACCCCCGAGGCCAAAAGACAGACAGUUAGGUAUUAUGCUAGUGUUAACAGGGGAGGGAAAUGCAAGUCAAGUCAAGCACCACCUGCUUUAAAGCUGGAUUUAAAUGUCACUUGGAUGGAAAAUUAUUCAAGAUCUACAUCUCAGUGCACAGGUUAAAGUGUAUGCAGAAUGGAAGCAGUCAAUUUGUCCAGAAUACAAAGUAUUUUAUUAGUGUUAUUCAGUGCACCUUUGUGCAGGAACAGACUGCAAGAAAUAUUUGUUGCAAAUAGUUAAAUAGAUGGCAAUGUUUUAAACAAUAUCAAACCCCAUAAAGUUCAAUGGCACCAAGUUAAGUGCUCAUCAGUUCUGAUUUAAAGAGAAGAUACUAAGUUUCAAGCAUUAGUCACCCUUUAGGAUGAACAGACAAAGCUUCCAGAGGCUUUGCAUACAACACAGUUCUCACUGUGUCACUAAUAUUUCAUUUUUCUAAUGGUGUACUCUUAAGUUGCAAAGAGAUUACAUCAGAUAUCCACUGGUGCUGUACAGCAAGUUUACAACAGGUUAUAAAACUCAGAUACUUGCUAACUAGCUAUUUCAUAGAGAGCUGAAUUAUAUUCUGUUCAACAGUACAAUUUUACAUAUUGCUUUUCUCUGUACUACAUGUAAAAUGAAAUUUUAAAGUGUCUUGUUUUUUGGUAUUGUAAACAUGUUGUAUUGAUUAACAUUAAGUGACAAUUUUUGACAUUCUCAAAAAAAAAA